AUGAUUGGUUACGUUGAAUCUAUUUUGUCGAAUAUACUAAUGAUUUGGUCCAUGUUGUUGUCUUUGCACUACUCUAAACAGUAUCUGACGUUCGUCGACAUUAUAAAUAACACGGAUGAAAAGAAACUAAAACAACUGUUGAAAGUGGUUUCAACUCGACCAUUAUACGUUAAGAGUUUCGGUGCCCUCAGUUUCAAUAUGACUCUUGUACCCGCUUGUUUUUCUGUUAUAAUAUCAUCUACUGUCAUCGCUCUACAGUUCAACAAUGUCAUUUAA